GUAAACACUGCUAAGAUUUGUAGAGUUAUAGCAACACUGAUUGUUUGACUACCGUAUUCGGGGGAGGUUCAAACUUUUCAAUAACAAACAUAGGUUUAAGUUUUUCAAUUUGAGAAAAUACUACGAUGGAUAUCAAGUUUCGAUGAAGUCAAUUUCUUAAUUCUGAUUUUAUGAUUAUUAUUACUUAUGAUCAAUGUCACAUUCAUAGAAGAAAAACAACUUUAAUUUUAUAGUGUGUAUGAUGGUUGGAAAACCUUAUCAGAAAAAGACCAGAGAAAGGGUUUCUUUACUGAAAAGCAAUAGGAAUUUGAAUGCUUUGAAGGAAAAUGAGAAAGUUAAAUGUCCUUGUUUUAAAAGUAGUGAACUUCCAGAUCAUCAUUUUCCCACUGUGAAAGAUUGGCUAAAUGGACUUGGUAAUGAACUCCUUGUUUUUUCCGAGUCUUUGGUCAAGAAGAUCAAGCAUGAGGCUACUGGGAAACCUUUUGUGUCAGAUACUUUUAGCAUUAAUGAUAUUAAUAAUUCCUUGCUUAAUUUUUACAACCUAUUGGAUUCAUCUGUCGAAGCAUUACAUGGAUUUCGUGGUACAAUGUGUGAUUACAUUUCUACCUGGAAAGUGACUCUUGGGGAUGCACUAAUAUGCGAAUCAAGUGAUUCUAGUGUUGAAAUAAUUGAGAGCAAUGAAGUCUGUUCUGUGAAAAAUGUUGAAAAUAAUCAGAGUAAAAGUGUUAAUAGUGUAGAUAACAAGGAAGAAACAGAACCUGAAAUCAAAUAUGGUGGCCUCCGUAUUCGUAAGCCUAGUGAAGUAAAUAAACUAAUGCUAGAAGAACUUUCAAAUGAGGGAUCAAACAGUAUAAAUGCUUCUAGCGACAGUAGUAGGAACAAAAAUUACCAUGAUGCAGUUACCAAUAGUACAGAAAAAACCAUAAGUAUUGAUAAUGAAGAGGAAAUAGAUAAUACCAACUAUGAACCCAAAUCAGUGAGUAAUACAAGCAUAUCAUUAAGUUCUUCUACCAACAUGACAGAAUCAGAAAGUACAAAUAACCAAUCAGAAACCACCAGCUCUGUAGUGGUACCUAGUCCUUCAGAAACCAAUAUGUCGCAAGAAGUCAAUGUUGAUGUUUCUGAAGACUGUACAGAAAUUUCUUCAUCUUUAAAAGAAAAAAAGACUUCACCUCCAAAAAAAAAAUCAGUUAUUAACUGGGAUACAUCUUCAGACUCAAUGAGCGAUACUGAUUGGCUGAUAGAUGAAAAAAAGGAUCAGGCCAAAAAUAAUGAAGGGAGUAGAAAAAAAGUAUUGAAAAAAAAAGUUGAACCAAAAAGUACAAAAAAGACUACUAUAUUCUCUUCCUCCGAUGAUGAUUGUUCAAAUCUAUGUAACCUUGAAAAUCUCUCUCAAAAGAAACGGAAACGUAAAAAUAGUGACAGUAGCAGUGGUAGCAGUAAUGAGAAUAAAAAGGACAAUAAUAAGUCAAAACGCUCAAAAGUUAAAGAAAAUUUACCAUCCUUGUUGUCCUUAGCAAAUGGUGAUCCAUCUGAAGAUUCUGGUUCACCAGCUGAUGAUGAUAUAUUCAUAUUGAAUGUUGAUAAAUAUACAAAAACAUUUAAGGAAACUAAUAUGUUCAAAACUGAAGAUUUUUUGAGAUCAGAUGUUGAUGAAAGAUCUUUGUCUGUUAUCUCCGACAGCAGUUUAGAUUCCAUUGUUAAUGAAUUGGAAAAAACUUGUGAGGUGAAACGAAAAACUGAAAAACAAAAAGGUGCCAAAAAAGCUCAAAACCUGUCAGAAAAUAAGAAAAAAAGAGGAAGGAGGAAGCGAGACAGAUUACUUGACGAAAAACUUACAGAUACUGGUUCUAGUGAAGCUGAAGAGCAGUGGAAGAAACUUAAAAUGAAGAAAAGGAUACAAUCAUCGGAUUCGGAAGUGGAAAGAGAAGAAGAAGAGGAUGUUAAAGAACCUAUACUUAAAACUCCUAAGAAGAAAAACAAGAAGCCCAGGAAAAGUUUGUUUAGUGAUUCUGAUGAAAAGUUGAGCGAUUCUGAUUCUCCAAAUGAAGAUGAAGAUAGUGACGAAGAACCGGAAUCAGAAUUGAAACCUACGGAUAAAAAGAAAAGGAAACGUAUACAGAGACAUUCUGAUUCAAGUGAAAAUAGUGAUGGGGAGCCUACGCCUAGUAAAUCAGCUGAUGGAAAAGGUCGGAAAAAUAUCAGGAAAGUCUUAAAGGAGGAAAGCUUAGAAAAAACCACUAAAGAAGCCUUAAAGGAAGAAGAAGAAAGGAAGAAACGAAUACAAGAGAAGCAGGAGUUGUAUAAUGAGUUAAUUAAGAAAGCUAGUGAGCAUAUAGAAGUAUUGCAAGAACUAGUCCUUGAUUUUGAUGUAGAAACUAAAAAGCCACUUGUCAGUGUUGAUUAUGAUCUAGUCAGAAAGCUUAAACCACAUCAGGCCCAAGGUAUAAAAUUCAUGUGGGAUUCUUGUUUUGAAUCUGUAAAAGAAUCCAAAAAAAAUAAAGGGUCAGGAUGCAUUCUUGCACAUUGUAUGGGACUUGGAAAAACCCUCCAGGUGAUUUCCCUGGUGCAUACUCUCCUAACCUGUAAAGAAGUUGAUGUAAAUAAGGUGCUUGUUGUCUGUCCUUUUUCAACAGUCCAGAAUUGGGUUAAUGAAUUUCAUAAGUGGUUAAAAGAUGUAGGGAGUGGUGAAGAUAUUGAGAUUUAUAAUAUGAUCAAGACAGCUCCAAAUCAUCGAUCUUACCAAUUGCGUGAUUGGGAAAGGACAGGAGGUGUGAUGGUGCUAGGUUACAAUCUGUUUAGGUCACUUGCAGCUCCAAAAGGAAGGCAAAAGGCAUCAAUAAAAAAAACUGUUCAGGAAACUCUUUUGGAUCCAGGUCCAGAUGUUGUUGUCUGUGAUGAAGGACACAUUUUAAAGAAUGAAAAAACCGCUAUUUCAGUGGUGAUGAACAAACUUGCUACAAGGAGGAGAAUAGUUCUUACUGGUACACCAUUACAGAAUAAUUUAGUUGAAUAUCACUGUAUGGUUCAGUUUGUUAAACCUAAUUUGCUUGGGACAAGAAAAGAGUUUCAAAACAGAUUCGUUCAUCCUAUUACCAACGGCCAGUUUGAAGACUCUACUACCCAUGAUGUUAAGUUAAUGAAGAGAAGAGCUCACGUUCUACAUAAAAUGUUGGAUGGGAUUGUUCAAAGGAAGGACUACAAUGUUCUCACACCAUACCUACCACCUAAAUAUGAAUAUGUAAUACAUGUGAAGUUGACUGAAACACAAGUCAAGCUUUACCAACAUUACUUGGAAAAUUUCGCUCGCACUCAGAAGAAUGAAGGAGGUGGUUUGUUCACUGAUUUCCAACAUCUAAUGAGGAUAUGCACUCAUCCUAGAGCAUUGUUAAUUCAUUCGGACAAGGAGAUGCUGAAGAUUGAUAAGGAGGAGGAAGAUUCUGAAGGAUCGAUUAGAGAUUUCAUCGAUGAUGAUUCGGAUGAGAAUAGUAGUAGCCAUGAGUCGUCUUCUUCCAAAUCUAGUUCCAGUUCUCAUGAUAGUACCAAAAAAACUCCAAGAAAACGAGUUACAAGAGCUCAGAGAGCUGCUGGUGAAGUCAGUGAAGAAGAGGUAGAAGAAUUGCCCGUCAAACGUACUGAAUGGUGGGCGAAUAUUGUGUCCGAAGAAGAACUUGAAGCCAUCAAGUGUAGUUCAAAACUAUACUUGUUUUUCACCAUUCUAAAACAUUGCGAAGAAAUUGGAGACAAGUUGCUUGUCUUUUCUCAGUCCUUAUACACUUUAGAUCUGAUUGAAUACUUCCUCGAUAAGGUGGAUGAAAAUAAUAGGAGAAAUGAGGCUGAUAAAAAUCCGGACCUUUCAGAAUUCAGUUCGAAUUGGGAUAAAGGUCUCGAUUAUUUUAGGUUAGAUGGUGGGACAAGUUCUGACUGCCGAAGCAAUUGGUGUAAAAUUUUCAACUCCCGUACUAAUGUGAGAGGUCGUCUCUUCUUAAUUUCAACUAAGGCUGGAGGUUUAGGUAUCAACUUAACUGGAGCAAACAGAGUUAUAAUCUUUGAUGCUUCAUGGAAUCCUUCUUUUGAUGUGCAAUCUAUCUUCAGGGUUUACCGAUUUGGCCAAGAUAAGCCUUGUUACAUUUAUAGGUUUCUUUCAAAGGGAACGAUGGAAGAAAAAAUUUAUGAACGUCAAGUUGCUAAGCUCUCUACAUCACUAAGGGUAAUUGACGAGCAACAGAUUGACCGGCAUUUUUCGCAAACAUCACUUGCUGAACUGUAUGCUUUCAAUCCCGAUCCACCAGAAACUAGGGAAACUCCUGUUUUACCAAAGGACAGAUUAAUGGCUGAACUACUUCAAGCUCAUCCUGAAGUAAUAUCGACAUAUCACCAGCACGACUCUUUGCUAGAAAAUCAGGAACAAGAAGAGUUGAAUGAAGAAGAAAGAAAAGCUGCUUGGUUGGAGUUUGAAAAUGAGAAAAACCACGUUCCUCCGCCAAUGACUUCAUACAAUAUGAUGCCAAAUAUGAAUAUGAAUUAUUUGAAUCAAUACAGGACAGGUUUGAAGUUUGAUACAAUGCAGUUUGCUAUGGAAUAUAACAACCUGUUGAACAUAUUGGUCCAAAAAGUUAAAAUGGGUAAUCCUCAAAUGCCUGAAGAAGCUGUCCGAAAAAGAGCAGCUGAAAUUUUGACUCAGCAGAACAUCAUGCAAAGUUUGAUACAACAGCAACAGCAGCAAAUGAGCAUGAUGGCUGGCUGGCCCAAUCAAAACCCUGCUCUUAUGAAUCUUCCAAUAAGGCAGUUCAACGCACCUCCUGUUGUGAAUAAUUUGAAUAACGUUCCUAAACGCACGGUUCCAGUAAAUCCAAUCUCAACUGAAAAAGAUGCUGAUAAAGGCAAAGAAAAAGAUAAGCCCCAGCUUAUUGAAAUUCAAGAUGAUGAAUAAAUAUGGCAUUAUAUGCUUCUUUUUUUUUUCGCUGACUUUUUUUUUCUGUGAUCUUAAUUUUUGAUUAUUUAUAAGUGAUUUUCUCAUGAUAGAUUGAUGUAUAUAUUCCUUGGUUGAAGAUUGUUUUGUAUUAAAAAAGAAAAUUGAAAAAAAAUUCUAAAAACUGUUAAUGUUUAGUUGUGAAGAACUCUCCACAUUGUAUUAUAAACCAAAAAUAGCUUGAAAUGGGGGGGGGGGUUCGUUCCUAUUUAUUUUAAGAUUUAUAUAGAUUUGUGUAAAUUAUUAUAUAAAAUUUUUAUACUAAGUGUAAAGUCGAAAUUAAAGUAUUAUUUAAACAACCA